AUGUCGGAGAACAACAAUGUCCCUCCGCCCGCCGCCGCCCGCGCCAAGCUGCGGCUCCUGUGCGAGCGCCUCGUGCGGGAGGCGCAGCGGAAGGGCGUCGCGGCGGCCGAGCUGAGCGCCCUGUGCCGCGGCAGCAGCGGCGUCGGGGCGGGCGACGCGGCGGGCCCGCGGAGUGCCACGGGUGCCACGGGUGCCAGCGGCCGGCGGCGGCGCCUGGCCCCCGCCCUCGCGCUGGCCGCCGCCGCCGCCGCCCUGCUGGCCGCCGCGCCCCUGCACCGCCUGCGCGCCGACCUCGUCGCCUCCAGGUGCCUCGUCCGCAACAACUACUUCGUGAUGGAGGCGACGCGGCUGCGCACGGACUGCGGGCGCGUGUGCGCGGGCGUGCGCGCGGCGGCGGAGCUGGGCGCCAACGUGUCGCGGGCGGCCUUCGCCGAGUGGGCGUACCGCUCGCGGCCGCUGGUGGUGCGCGGGGCGGCCGCCCGCUGGCCCGCCCUCGCCCGCUUCUCGCCCGCCUUCUUCAGGAGCGCCUACGACAGUGUGGAGGGCGCCUACGAGGCCGUGGCCGACGAGUGCCAGUUCCUGCCCUUCCGCUCCGAGUUCGAGGGCCUGCGCGACGCCCUGGCCAUGCACCCCGCCCGCGCCGCCCGCGCCCCUGGCACGCGCCCCUGGUACUUCGGCUGGAGUAACUGCUCCCCGGGGGUGAGUGCCAUCCUGAGGCAGCUGGCACCCCGGCCGCCCUUCCUCCCCGCGGCCUCGGAAUCCUCGGCCCUCGACUGGGUCUUCAUGGGCGGAGGCGGAGCUGGGGCGGCUUGGCAUCUGGACUACGUGCAGAGGCCGUCGUGGCAGGCGCAGAUCAGCGGCACCAAGAGCUGGCACUUCCGGCCGGUCCCUGAGUGCCAGGAUGUGUGCCACUCCUUCAGCGUGACCGUCAAUAAGGGCGACAUAAUUUUCGUGGACACCAACCAGUGGUACCACACCACCUUCAUCCACGACGGAGCUCUGUCCAUUACCAUUGGCUCGGAAUACGACUAGGUGACGUCACACCUCAGCUGGAAGGAUUGGAUGACGUCACACCGGAGUUAAUUCGACUGGAUGACGUCACACAGGAGCUGGUACGAUUGGGUGAUGUCACAUGGGAGCUGACAGGACUAGAUGACUGGUGCUUUGACUACUAAAUGACGUCACACUGGAUCUGGCACAAGUAGAUGACGUCACGCCGGAGCUGGCACUACUAAAAGACGCCACACAGAAGUUGGCACGCCAGCGCAGUGCCACCUGUUCACAAAGUAAAGGUGAUUUCCUUAAAAAAGACAGUGUAUUGAGUUAAUGAGUGUUGUUAUUCUACGAGAAAUGACUCCCAAAAAUGGCACUCUCGGAGAUGCCAGCGUGAUUAUAAGGGUCGUUAGUGGCCCUGGUGAAUGUGGCACGUUGUUAACUGAAGCACUUAAUGAGGAGUGGAAGGUUCCUUAUCGUAUCUGUGAUGAAUGUCGUUGAUUAAGAAGAAUAUUUAUAUAUAAUCCUUGUGCUUUCCCGAAGGACUGAAUUUAAAUACUGUUAAUGUUGGUGUAUUUAUAUAUUUUUCUUCGGUUAUUGGGUUUCCGAAUUUAGAAGAUAAAAACAUUAUAAAAGCUAUAUUUUGAUGAAGAAAAAUAUGUGGAUAUGGAAAUACAUACAAAAAAUAUUUGGUAUGAUAUAUUUGGGGUUUAGCUCUGUGUAGUGUGAUAAAAAUCCUUGCUUUGAACUGGGAGAGCAGAAAACAGUAUUAAGGACUGUCGGAAAUCAGUUCUUUUUUUUGUUUUAAUACAGCGUUUCAGGAAAUUAAUUAAUAGGGGUUCAAUAUAAGAAAUAUUUAAUUAAAAAGCAAUGUUUUCGAAAGUGAAUCUGAACAGGACUCAAUUUCGGAGAACAUAACACGAAAAAUGAUUUUUUUAUUACAAGAAAAGUAAAGGGUUUUUAUAAAACCGUAUGGCAACAAUAUGUUCGUGGGUGCAGCAAAUAGUAAGAUUUUUACAGAACAGGACACUGUAUUUAUUCAUCGUGACGGUUGGGUAGUUUUGCCAGAGAAUGAAUAUUUUCACAUUACAAAAGAUGCAUUUAUUUCGAAGAAGAAGAAUAUAUAUAUAUAUAUAUAUAUAUAUAUAUAUAUAUAUUCGUCAGAAAUACGUGAUCUAGUUUUAUUCCAGAUAUAUUCGAAACCGGAUAACUUCAUCCCCCUUGCAUUGUGAAGAUAUUCAGUCUCAUUUACAUAUUCUAUAUUUGUCGCAAUGAAUAUGGUUCAGCAUUGUCUUGUCCCUUUUCGGUUGAAAUUGUUUUUGUUCGUUUUGUUAGUGUUAUUUUUUAUUGUUUUUAUAUUUCCAUCAUUACUAUUAUUCUUAUAAUUAUCGUUGUUGUUGUUAUAUUUUCAUUA